AUGAAGCCGGAGAUAGCCCUGUUUUACAUGUUUAUACUGGGCGUCGGCAUCUGGGCAUCCAGGAAGUCCAAACGCGAGGAGAGGAAAUGCAUGGGCAACCGCAGCGAAGUGGCGAUGGUCGGAGGGCGGAACCUCAACAUCUGGGUCAGCAUCUUCACCAUGUCAGCUACUUGGGUGGGGGGAGGCUAUAUUCUGGGUAAUGCUGAGGUGGUCUACGAUCCAACCAAGGGGCUGGUGUGGGCAUUGGGGCCCCUUGCUUUCGCUGUAAACAUGACUAUAGGUGGACUGUUCUUUGUCAAACCUAUUCGCUCAAAGAAUUAUGUCACCCUCAUGGACCCUUUUCAAGAGCAAUAUGGCAACACGGUGGCGGCUGUUCUCUUCAUCCCCGCCCUCCUGGCAGAUCUGUUCUGGAUUGCAUGUAUUCUCGGUGCACUGGGAGGAACAGUGAGCGUGGUGCUGGAUAUCUCCUCGACUCUGGCUAUAAGCAUCUCUGCUAGCGUUGCCAUCAUAUACACGUUGAUGGGGGGACUGUACUCUGUGGCCUAUACUGAUGUCGUCCAACUUGGCUUGAUGUUCUUUGGUUUGUGGCUCUGUGUCCCUUUCGUCCUGACGAACGCCUCCUCGGCCAACUUCACCAUUGCUGCCGUCACCAAACUCCACCAGGAGCCGUGGGUCGGCAAACUGCAGCUGGAAGAGUCGGGUCGAUGGGUCGAUGACUUCCUGCUGAUGGCCAUUGGAGGGAUCUGCUACCAGGCUUUCUACCAGAGAGUCCUGUCCAUGGCCACUGAUGCCCAAGCCAAGGUCACCUGCUAUGCAGCAGCAGUAAUAUGCCCACUUCUUGGCGUCCCAUCAAUCCUCAUUGGGGCAGCGGCAGCAUCUACCAAUUGGAACCAGACCAGUUAUGGUUCACCCAGCCCAUAUGAAGAGGGCCAAGCUGGGAUGAUCUUGCCGAUUGCACUUCAGUAUCUUUGCCCUUUCUACGUCUCACUGGACGGUAUCGGAGCGCUUGCUGCAUCUGUGAUGUCAUCCGUCGACUCCGCCCUUCUGUCUGCCGCCUCCCUCAUUGGUCGGAAUAUCUUCAAGAACAUCAUCUACAAACGGGCAUCAGAGCAAAUGAUAAAUAUGGGGUCAACGGAGGAGCUGGUCCCACAACGAAAGGACAACGGGGCACCAGCUCAGCGUCUGCCCCACGCAGAUGAAACCGUGCAGGGAGGGACGAAUGUGGACAAAAAGAGAAAAGGUCUCGAAUCAGUGACCGAUCAAGUUCUGAUCUAA